AUGACUUCCUUGAUCUCUUGGGUAUCUGGGUACCGUCGCGUAACCACCACCAACCAAGUUGCUACGUCCGAUGCUAAGUUCCAGUCAAUAUGGAAGCAAGAGUGGGCUUGGCGGCAAGAGCAGAAGUUGGAGGAUGACGAGGACGACGAGGAUUCUCUCAAAGCUUACCUUCCUCGCGUGGACGCCAAGACUCAGGCAUCACGACUAGCCUAUUGGAACGACAUCAUCUCUCAACUCGACAAGAUCGAUUUGCAAUCCCUAUCCCCUGAAGAACAAGUUAAUUAUGGUGUUUACCGUGCUCAGAUUGAGGUUUUCGUCAACAGCCAGAAAUUCAAAGAUUACGAGAAACCCCUCAAUGCCGACUCGUCCUUCUGGGCGAAUCAUGCUUCAGCAGCACGAGCGACGUUCCGAACCGCGAAGGAUUAUUCUGCUUAUCUGGCUCAGCUACAAGAAGUCCCUCGGUAUUUCAGUGAACAGAUCGAUAAUAUGCGAGCAGGGUACAAACGAGGUUUCACGCCCCCGAAAAUCACUCUUGAAGGUCGUGACGGCUCUAUCUCUUCUGUUGCUGACGCCAAAUCUGCCGAAGAGACGAUCUACUACGAGCCAUUCAAGUCAAUCCCCUCCGUCAUUCCUACGGCUGAGCAGGACAAGCUUCGUGUCCAAGCUACGAAAGCGAUCAACGAAUUUGUUCUGCCCCCCUACCGCAAGCUCCUCGCCUUCUUUCGAGACGAGUACUACCCCAACGCUCGUGAGACCCUUGCUGCCGAAGCCUUUCCAGAUGGAAAAGCUUACUUCGCUGCGAAGAUCAAAGAGUACACCACUCUCGACUCAAAUCCCGAGACUAUCCACAAGAUCGGCAUCGACGAGAUGGCCCGGAUUCGCUCCGAAAUGCUUGACACCAUCGCAGAAUCCGGGUACAAAGGUGAUUUUCAAUCCUUUCUCAAUUUUCUGCGCACCGACCCUCAAUUCUACGCCAAAACUGCUGAACAGCUUCUGCACCAAGCUGCCUGGAUAGCGAAGGAGUUCGACGGUGUCUCAGCGAAGUAUUUUGGUCGACUGCCAAGACAACGUUUCGCCAUCAAGCCGGUGCCUCUCGAUCAGGCGCCAUACUACACAUCCGGUCGAGGUGGGCCAGGUGUCUAUCUCGUCAACACUUAUGACCUGCCAUCUCGAGCCCUGUACUCACUCCCGGCUUUGACUCUUCACGAAUCGGCCCCUGGUCACGCAUUUCAAAUGCCUCUCGCGCUCGAACAUGAUCAUCUCCCUCCGUUCCGCAAGGCAUAUAUCUCCGCGUAUGGUGAGGGUUGGGCUUUGUACUGCGAAUACUUGGGUAAGGAGAUGGGUAUCUAUCAUACACCUUACGAUGUGUUCGGCAUGUUGAGCUACCAGGCUUGGCGCGCGGCUCGACUGGUGGUGGACACUGGGAUUCACUCGCUUGGCUGGACACGAAAUCAAGCUCAGGCUUAUCUACGUGACAACACCGCUCUGUCAGCCCACGAGAUCGAAACCGAAGUUGACAGAUAUAUCGCUUGGCCCGGUCAAUCUCUUUCUUACUACCUGGGUGAACUAUCGAUUCUCAAAUGUCGACGGAAGGCCGAAGAAGCACUUGGUGAAAAGUUCAAUAUCCGGGCUUUCCACGAUACAGUCCUUGAAACUGGCUCGAUCCCUCUCCCACUUCUGGAGAAGCAUAUCGAUGAGUUCAUUGCUGGCGGUGGAGCUGGACCGUAUCCCGAGGAAGAGAAGUGA